AUGAAGUAUAUAAUUGUACUGGGGGUUUUCAUCUGUUGCGCCAAACAAAUAUAUUCCGACAAUCCAAAAGUGGCAGCAGUCAAGAACUUUAAGGUUAUUACUGGUCCCGAAGUCUACGACAAAGAUAUUCGACCCAAUUUAGGGGAAAAUGCAAGUGUCCAAGUUAAUAUUACAAUGCAUGUCACCGAUUAUGAAUUCAAUCCGAUCACAAGGACUUUUAGUCUAUUAUUGUGCUUAAUUGUGGUAAUACUUCAGGAGAUGACCAUGGUCAUGUACUUCCGACAAAAGUGGACCGACCCAAGACUCGUGUCAAACACUUUGACGGCUGAUGUAAUCGGUGGCAAAUCAAUAAUAGAGAGAGUGUGGACACCCGACACAUUUUUCUCAAAUUCAUUGGACGUGAAUAUCAUGAAAUAUCCGACCCGUAACUUAUUCGCCAAAGUAUUACAUAAUGGAGAAGUCUAUUAUAGCGAGAGAAUUAAGGUUGUGUUUCGUUGUGGACCACAAAUAUCCAUCAAAUCAGAUGAAUGUGACCUCGAAAUAGAGUCCUGUAAGUGA